GGCCCCCUGGCCAUCUCUCGCUUUUUUUUCUUCCUCGGAAACCUUCCCUCCCCUUCGAGCGAGCGGCGCCACCCCUCCCUCCCCCUCCCGCUGCCGAGCAGCGCCCCAGCCCGCUCGCUCCGUCGCUCGUCUUCCUCCUCAUGCUAGCGCCUCCACCGCAGGAUGCUGAUUUGGUUCGUCUGGCUCUGCAUGCACUGCAUGGUGUCAAAUCAUCGUUAGAUGAGAUCAAGGAGCUUUCCGUGCUGUUCUCCUUAGCUCCGGCAGACAGGACUUCUCAUCGUGUUGCAAAUGUGUGGUCACGUUCAUCCAGCACUGCUUCUGUAGCGCAUAUUCUCAAUUCUAUAUGUUCUUCAGGUCUUGCGGUUUACUUCCUGUGCAAGUUUGUGCACUUUUAUCUUUUCCAAAGUCGAGAAACAAAUUGCGGAAGUAGAGAAAGGUGUGGACUUGAUGUUUGUAAUGACAAAGACACCGAUCCUCCUCCUCCUUAUAGUCUAGUGAACCAAGCAUUUGCUGCAGCAGUUGAAAAAGUUCUAGAAGGCUAUUUCUGUUCCUUGAAUACUUUACCACCUUCAAUUAAGCUGAGGCGUUCAGAGGGACAACCUGAUAGACCUUCCAUCAUCCCAGACAGAACUAGUCAUAAAUCUAGUUCUGAAGCCACUCUUCUGGAAGUUUAUCUCCACACCGAGGAGUUAAGAAGGCAUAUUAAGUCCCUCGGAAAUAUUUGUUUUCCUAAGUUUGCAGGUCUUACAUUAUGCCAGGAGGGUUUGACUACUGAUGCUAACUUGGAGUUUGAGAACUUCCCAAGGGGCACUGAUUUGCUUUCUUAUUUGUAUGUCCGCCUCCGUGAUGCUGAUCCAGUUCACUAUGCUCUUUUGAAAUAUCUUUUCACUCGUUCCUGUGAACCAUACUGUAAUUUCAUUAAGUUAUGGAUUUACCGAGCUAGUGUUGAGGACCCUUAUGAGGAAUAUCUCAUAACACAAACUGAGAAUAAGCAAAUUCAAGGAUGUUCUUCUGGCGCACUAGAUGAUUUCACUGUAUUGUCCUUCAAGGGAAUGAAUCAUGUAUCUGUUCCAUGUUUUCUGCAAGAUAUAUGCAAUCCUCUUUUGCGCACUGGGCAGCAGCUUCAAGUGCUCAUGAAGCUCGUAAAAUCAUGCAAUCUUUGUACUACUGAAGGAGAUGCUCAGGCCUCUAGUAAAACCAUUCAUCUAGAAGAAAUUCUCCCUUGGUUCGAUACGCCCAUUGACUCCUCAGUGAAUUCAUUUACUUUCUCAAAAAGCAGGGCAGAAGCAGUAAUAUGUCAAAGAGAUGCCAUGUACAAGUCAAUGGUAGAGAAGCUCCAUCAUUUUUUCUCAAAUGUUGAGAUAAUUCCUUUUGGUCCUGCGUCAAACUCCCUAUAUACAAGCAAAAGCCCUCUCGAUAGAGCAGUUUCAGAUAUGGAGCUAUUACACAUCGACACCCAUGCUCUGCCAACUUGCAAUAUGGCUGGAGAUGACAAAGAGAAUGAUGCUUCUUCAACAUCACAAGAAUCUUCAGAUAAACUGGAUCCACUGGAAUCUUCAGAUUGCUCUUCUUCUUAUAGUUCUAUGGACGAAAUUGAAGUUGAGAGUGGCAUCGCUUGUGGUAAUUUGUCUAGUUCCAUGCUCUCAUCAUACCAUGCGAGUACAGGCGAAGCAAAUUUCUCCUCAGAAACAAAAUAUAUGUGUUCAUAUCAAAGUAGCUCUUUUCACAAUGACAGAAAUACUUCAAGCCCUAACAAUGAUUACCACAGAAAUGGCGAUUUGAGUUGCAACAAUGUCCCCAUGAUCUCACAGAAUAUGGAACAUAAUGUGAUGCCUGAUACUCUGGAACUAGAUUACCAGUAUAGUAAAUUUUGGCCAUUUGGCAAACUUCCGAAGAACACAUUUAAAAGUUGCCCUGGAAAAAUGUGUUUGGUUGACGAGUUCCUAUAUACUGACAAUGAAAGUGCAGUAGAGCAAGUAUCACAUGAUGUAGUUUAUCCAUCACACAACGAGAACUCCUGGAAGAUAAAUCGGUCAUGGAAUACUAGUGUUCCUUACAAUCUCAGCACCAACCCCAUACUGAAGAAUGCAGCUAGUCAUCAGAUGGAGAGUGACUUGCAAGGGAAAAGGAAGAACCGAGCACUUACCAGCUUUGUUUUUGAAUCAGUCACAAAUCCAUGUGAAGUAUACUGUGGAAGGAGCACAUCCUGCCUAGUUGAGUGUGAAGACGGAGCUACAAAAGGUGUGCAGACCGCUGCUCAGUUUUAUGAAGAGACAGAUUGUUCUAGCAAGCUUCUUGAAGCUAAAACAGGAAGUCAGGGAUACCUUGCUUUGACAGGAGAAAUGGCAGCAAGAGAUAAUAUUCAGGAAAAUGUUUGCGGUGGAGCAUUAUGGGAGAAAUUGUUAGAAUAUACUGCUAAAACAACAGAAAAAAUUGUUAGAGAUAGCAAUGCAGCAUCUGAUAUGCCACUUGACAUAGCUAUUGACAAGUGCAUUAUACAAGAAGUUCUGCUUCAAUAUGAAUAUGUCAGCAGCCUCACAAUGAAGUUGCUUGAGGAGGGUUUUGAUCUUUGUGGACAUCUAUUAGCACUGCGACGAUACCAUUUUAUGGAACAAGCCGACUGGGCAGAUUCUUUUAUUGUUUCCAUUUAUCAUAAGAAAUGGUUCUUUGUUAAGUCUGAGCAGAGAAGAGCAGAGAUCAAAAGGCUUCUUGACUUGGCCUUGCAGAGGUCUUCAUGUGAUACUGACCCUUAUAAGGAAAGACUGUUCAUAUACAUGAAAGAACAAGCAGGCAUUUCUUUUGCUGGCUCUGAAUGUGGUCUUGAUAUGCUGGAUGACAUCUUGUUGGGUUAUAGAGUCGAUUGGCCAGUGAAUAUUGUCAUUACAGAGGAAGUACUUGGAAAAUAUGCUGAAAUAUUCUGUUAUCUUGUUCAAGUCAGGUUUGCGGUCUUCUCACUAACUGAAGUAUGGCGGUUUCUAAAGGAGUUAACACAGUUAAUCAGUCGCUCGAGACACAGUAGACCAGAUAUAUUGAAGGAACUAAACUCUGUAAUGAAAGUUAGACAUCAAGUUUAUCAUUUUCUAUCGACGCUACAGCAGUACCACCAUUGCAAUUUGUCUGAUAUAUCAUGGCGUCGUUUUCAACAUUCCCUUAAACAUCAGGUGAAAGAUAUGCUGGAUGUCGAGUAUGUGCAUAUGUGUUAUGUUACGGAUGCACUUCACAUAUGUUUCUUAUCCAGUGAGACAAAACCGGUUGCUACCAUAAUCAGAAGCAUCCUCCAACAAGCUUUGGAGUUUCGAUCAUGUUUUAAGAGUCUCGACGACCUUUCGGAAUCAACAGUGAAUCAACUUAAUCUGCAUUCUCUUAUAAACUUCUCUCAGGUGGAGGUUAUCCGAAUGAAGUUUGAGAGUAACAUCAAAGAUUUAUAUAUUUUGCAUUCAAAGUCAUCAAAGUAUGAAGAGCUUGGUCUUUCCCGUUUCUGGGGGUAUCUGAACUACAAUGAGUAUCAUUCCUUAAAAAUUAGCAAAGAUGUGGGCUGCUUCUACUUUUUAUAGGGAGUCAUGCAAAGUCCAAGUUUUUUUCUAGUCCGUGUUUUGCAGGCACUGGUGAUGGCAUUAUGUGCAUUUGAUUGCCUUAUGGUGAAAAGAGGUGCAACCCAUGUCCUCCGUCAUCUGGAAUCAAUUCACCCUUUGCAGCUGUUGGUGACAGAAGCUAACACGUGUGAUUGUGUGCUGGUUAUGAGGUCUCUUUGCAUCUGCAGCACGAGAGGAACGUGGUGCUGAGGGCCUGAGGCUUACUGUAUAUGUAUAUUACUGUGAAAGCAGAACGAAAAGAAAAGGCAGAAUGUACAUGAAGUGCUUCUCCAUUGGGCAUUAUAUGUAUACUGUUAAGAUCUACAGUUCUUUUAUAUUCCUUUCUCUGAAGAGAUCUGAGCUAUGGUAUUGAGGAUGUUAUGGAGCUUUCAUACUUGAAGAUGGAUCGGUUAGUAGGAAUGCAUUUUAAAUUUUCAGUGGAAGGGAAGAAGUUACUUGACUUGGUAACUCUGCCAAUAUUUUACUUUCACAAUGAAGGUGAUCUUCUGCUCUCUGGCCUCCUGCCGCAGAAGCAUAGUGAUGCUGUAGGUGGUGUUAGGUUUUCCGGUUUCUGGCUUUGCAGAGGGUUACCUCAUGUCCCUCAUACUUUCAUAGUGAUCUCAAGAAGAUGCGCUACUAACUUGGCCACCAGAACAGAUUGGUUAUGGGACACCGCACUUUGAAAACUACCUGUAAAGACAUCACUGUUCGUACACUACUUAAAAUCAUGUACAUUUGGUAUGUGACGUUGUGCCCCGUGUUUGAUAAAAUGCUAGCCAAAUACAGUUUUCA